AUGGCACAGCAGCAUCGAGAGAAUAAUGGGUAAGUUUAAUUUAAACUGAAAAUUAAUAUAAUAUCCAGAGUUUUAUGUAUGUAAUCGACUUCUAUAUUUUGUAGGAGAAAUCAAUUCAUAGCAGAGUUGGAAAAUUAUAAGGUCAAUCACCAGCUUUGUGCCGUGGACACAUUUUCUUGGUCACCCGAAACUCAAGAGGAAAUUCUAGCGGAAUGGAAUGAUUGGCAACUCGAUGAACCAGCUUCGACAGAACCAAGGUUGUGUUGUAAUGAUUGUGGUCGCGUAUUUACGCGUUCGAACGAACUGAACCGGCAUAUGAAAACUCACAGUGACAAAAACCACGAGUGCUCGCGUUGUCAUAAAACGUUUAAUCGAAAGGUACGUAAUUUACAGGGGUAUAUUUCAAAACAUAAUAAAACACUUUGAGUUAAUAUUAUUUGUAUGAUUUCAAGGAUGCUUUGAACCGGCAUAUGAAAACUCACAGUGACAAAAACCACAAGUGCUCGCAUUGCCACAAAACGUUUAAUCGGAAGGUACGCAAUUUACAGGAAUAUAUUUCAAAACGUAGUAAAGUGUUUUAAGCUAAUAAUAUCUAUUUAUAUGAUUUCAAGGAUGCUUGGAACCGAUAUAUGAAAACUCACAGUGACAAAAACCACGAGUGUUCGCGUUGUCACAAAACAUUUAAUCGGAAGGUACGUAAUUUACAGGAAUAUAUUUCAGAACGUAUUUUGAGCUAAUAAUAUCUACUUAUAUUAUUUCGAGGAUGCUUUGAACCGCCAUAUGAAAAUGCACGAACAACGAGGAGCCCAGAGGGAAUAUACUUGUAAUGUAUGUGGUGAAGUAUUCCGCAAUAUAUUUCCAUUCCAAGCCCAUCAGCGCGAUGUCCAUCAAGUUGGUCGUGGGAAACGUACGAAGACGCCGACCGGGCGAACAAAAAGGCAAAGAACUGAUGAACCAGGUACGUAUAAAUGAAAACGUUUUGAUUACUAACUUUGUAUUUAUACAGAUAUUUUUUUCUUUUUAGAACCGCCAAGACCUUCGACAUCGGUGAACGAAGGUAAGAGAGUAUAUAUGCUGCGUAAUAAUUUGCGUUAAAAUCGCACUAAUACAUUUUUUUCCCUUUCAGGUGCUUCCACGUCUACAGUCGUCAGCGAAGGUAUGAAAUUGAUAUUUUUAUACCGUAUGUAGUAUAUUGAUUGUGGUGAUUUGAUGUGUAUAUUGACAAUGUUAAUUACUCGCAACCUCGGUUUUAAAACAUUGCCUGAAAUCCUAACGUUUACAUUUGAAAAAUAUUUUCAUGCUGUUUUCAUGUUUUUUCACUGAUGUUUGUGUUUUGAAAACCUGAUAAAAAUAAUCGAGUAAUUUUUAUAGUGUGGGUUUAUAGUGUGGAAUGUUCCUAAUUAUUCCUGUUAGACUUAUGUUCAUUUGUUUUAGAACUAUUAAUUUAUGUCAUUGUACGAGUAUUUACGCUACAUUAUUUUUGUAACAUUCGCUAGCGUUUUAUAGUGAGGUAAAAGUAAUUUUCAUAGGUUGAUCAUGUUGCUAUGUGAAAUUUGCAUGUUCUUAAUUUAUUCAUGUUAGACUUAUGUCGAUUUUUUAUGAAUCGGGUGUUUGUAUGACAAAAUUAGUGCGGAGCUCUAGACAAAAAUAAAGAAUCGGGUGUUAUUUCUACAGGACCCCAACCGUUCCCUCAAGAUCCACAAUUACCACCAUGCAACCUCCCUUCCCAACUCCACCGAGACCAUUGGCGUGCUAUACGUACGCGGCAAAGUCGAGGCAACCGAGUGCAAGAUUGGUACAACUAUCGUUUGAGCUCAGUGAAUAUAGGUCAACUUGUCAACAGCAUAUAG